AUGUACAAGUUAGAUUUGCCUACAUUGAUGGAUGCAUUCCACAAAGUGUUUCAUGUGUCUAUGCUAAGGAAGUGCAUAACGCAUCAGGAAAAUGUCAUAUCAGAGCCUCCGCCGGAUUUGCUAGAGAAUAUGAUGAUUGUGGGAAUGCUGAUUCCGAAUUUGUUGGGAGUAAGUUCAGAGAUGGUCGGAAGAUAA